GAGGGAAGGGGGCAGUAACCUUCUCUUAGAGUUAGACAUUAUUUUUGUUUUCCUCAGCUUAGGGCUUGGUAAGCUGGAUAAGACCGUCCUUCCUCUCUGCAUUGCCAUUUUGACAUCUCUCUAGGAGCAGUGAGUGGUAGCAGAUUCCAAGAUGUCGGCUACAGUGCCGUUCUACCAAAGGAGGCACAAGCACUUUGACCAGUCCUAUCGCAAUAUUCAGACGAGGUAUUUGCUUCAGGAAUAUUCAGCAAGAAGGGCUGCUUCCAGACAAGCUGCUAUUAGACAUGCUGUUUCCUAUUCUGCACCUGCUGACCUGGGAAGGACAACAUGUCGCUUGUGUGCCAGGAGACUUCAUCAUAUCUCAUCUGAAGAGGAGUUACAUGAAUCCCAGGCAAUGAGGGUUCAGGAGCAGAAGUCUCAGCACUGGAGUGAACAGAGAAGGAUCCGGUUUGUCACCAGCUUGUCCGCUUUGGAGGAGGAGAUACGCACAGCCAGGCUCCUUGCUAGAGAACACCUGGACAGAAUUGCCAUACAGAGGAUGGUAGAAGAGAAGAUGGCUUUGGAAAGGUAUACCGUUGAAGAGAAUAUCAGUCGAGCCCCUGAAAUUUUGGUGCGGCUCCGGUCUCACACUGUCUGGGAGAAGAUGUCCGUCAGGCUUUACUUCACUGUCCAGGGAUUUCCAACUCCUGUUGUACAAUGGUAUAAAAAUGAAGAACUGAUUACUCCUGCAAGUGAGCCUGGGAAGUACACAAUCGAAAGCAAAUAUGGGGUGCAUGUCUUGGAUAUAAACCGUGCUCACUACGAUGACACCGCGACCUACACCGCUGUGGCGACAAAUGUGCACGGACAGGCAUCCACCAAUGCUGCUGUUGUUGUGCGUAGGUUCAGAGGUGAUGAGGAGCCUUAUCCUGCUGGAGUUCUUCCUAUUACCUUGCCCAUGCCCCUGGACAUCUGCUUCUCCCAUUUUGAUGUUCAGUUCUUGGAGAGGUUCGGUGUCACCUUUGGUGUGGAAGGGGAAACGCUGACCCUCAGGUGUGAUCUGCUGAUCACACCAGAGCUGAAUCGCCUUCGACCUCGUGCUGAGUGGUACAGAGAUGAUGUGCUCGUGAAAGAUUCCAAGUGGACAAAAACAUUCUUUGGAGAUGGCCGGGCAGCACUGUCCUUUACCCACCUGAACAAGGAUGACGAAGGCUUAUAUACGUUGCGUUUAGUUUCGAAAGGAGGAGUGAGUGAAUACAGUGCAUUUCUGUUUGUGAGAGAUGCUGAUGCUCUGGUAAUGGGGGCACCAGGAGCACCAAUGGAAGUGAAAUGUUAUGAUGCCAACAGAGAUUAUGUUAUUGUUACUUGGAAACCACCCAAUACAACCCAUGAAGCUCCAGUUAUUGGCUAUUUUGUGGACAGAUGUGAAGUGGGUACUGAAAACUGGGUUCAGUGCAAUGAUGCUCCUGUUAAAAUCUGCAAAUAUCCAGUGACUGGGCUGUUUGAAGGGCGUUCCUACACAUUCCGUGUGAGGGCAGUCAACCAGGCUGGUGUCAGCAGGCCAUCUAGAAUCUCUGAAGCAGUGGCAGCUCUUGACCCCGUUGACUUGGAAAGAUUGCAAAGCGAUGUUAAGAUUCCAGGACCUCCCACCAAUGUACACGCUUCAGAAACCAGCAAAACAUAUGUCGUACUCAGCUGGGAUCCACCUGUUCCCCGUGGCAAAGAGCCAUUAUCAUAUUUCAUUGAGAAGUCCGUGGUUGGCAGUGGAAGCUGGCAGAGGGUCAACGCUCAAGUGGCUGUGAGAUCUCCCCGCUAUGCAGUGUUUGACCUUGCUGAAGGGAAAUCAUAUGUUUUCCGAGUUUUGUCAGCAAACAAGCAUGGGCUCAGCGAUCCUUCUGAAAUAACACCUCCUAUUCAAGCGCAAGAGGCCAUUGUUGUUCCUUCUGCUCCGGGACGUAUAGUGGCAACCAGAAACACAAGAACCUCAGUUGUUGUCCAGUGGGACAAGCCAAAACAUGAAGAAGACCUGUUUGGCUACUACAUUGACUAUUCUGUGGCAGGAUCGAAUCACUGGGAACCUUGUAACCAUAAGCCCAUCAACUAUAACAGAUUUGCUGUACAUGGCUUAGCAACAGGAGAGAAAUACGUCUUCCGUGUGAAGGCUGCAAAUGCAGUGGGAAUGAGUGAAAAUUCUCAGGAGUCUGAACCUAUAACAGUACAAGCAGCCCUCACCUGCCCCUCCUUUCCUUAUGGUCUCACACUUCUCAACUGUGAUGGCCACUCAAUGACCAUUGGCUGGAAGCUUCCACGAUUCAGUGGUGGGUCAAAUAUUCUGGGUUAUUACAUAGACAAACGAGAGCUACAUCAUCACAACUGGCAUGAAGUCAACUCUUCUCUUGUUAAAGAGAGGAUUUACACGGUAGAGGAUUUGACAGAAAAUGCCUACUAUGAAUUCAAAAUUGCUGCCGCAAAUAUCGCUGGCAUAGGGCAGGCAUCCGAACCCAGCGAGCAUUUCAAAUGUGAGGCUUGGACAAUGCCAGAACCUGGCCCUCCCUACGAUCUUACAUUUUGUGAGGUUAGGGAUACAUCCCUUGUGAUUCUCUGGAAAGCACCUGUUUACACUGGCAGCAGCCCUGUUAGUGGAUAUUUUGUGGACUACAAGGAGGAGGAAGGAGAAGAAUGGCUCACAUUCAACGAGAAGCCAACAUCAAACCGUUAUCAAAAGGUCACCGAAUUACAUGAGGGCAGAACUUACGUAUUUCGAAUUCGUCCAGUGAAUGAUGCUGGUGUAGGCAAGCCGUCAGAUGUUUCUGAAGCUGUGCUGGUCCAGGCUAGACCAGACACUAAGGAAAUCAGUGCAGGUGUGGAUGAAGAAGGCAACAUUUACCUUGCCUUUGACUGCAAAGAAAUUUCAGAUGCUUCUCAUUUUGCUUGGAGUAAAUUCUAUGAAGAGAUAGAAGAUCAUGAUAAAUAUAAAGUUGAAACAGUUGGAGAACAUUCUAAACUUUAUUUUAUGAAACCUGACAAGGAUGAUUUGGGAACCUAUGCUGUUGCUGUUAGCGAUACUGAUGGUGUUUCAUCCAGUUUUAUUAUGGAUGAAGAAGAGCUUGAACGCCUGAUGACACUAAGCCAUGAAAUCAGAAAUCCAACAAUCCCUCUGAAGUCUGAAUUAACCUAUGAGAUUUUGGACCAUGGCCAAGUUCGUUUCUGGCUUCAGGCUGAGAGCAUUUCAGCUGCUGCCAGCUAUAGAUUUGUAAUCAAUGACAGUGAAGUUGUCAACAGUGAUACGCAUAAGAUCAAAUGUGACCAUUCGACUGGCAUCAUUGAGAUGGUUAUGGACCGCUUCACUAUUGAAAAUGAAGGAACCUACACGGUGCAGAUUCAUGAUGGGAAUGCCAAGAACCAAUCUUCAUUAGUUCUUAUUGGUGAUGCAUUCAAGGCUGUAUUGGCUGAAGCUGAGUUCCAGAGAAAGGAGUUCCUGAGGAAACAAGGUCCUCAUUUUCUGGAGUUUUUGUAUUGGGAAAUUUCAGAAGAAUGUGAAGUGCUGCUGCUCUGUAAGGUGGCAAAUACCAAGAAAGAGACCUUUUUCAAGUGGUACAAAGAUGGUGCUGGAUAUGAUGUUGAAGAGGUGCCUGACCUGCAGAAAGAAGUUGUCUGUUUGACUAUUCCAAAGCUGUCUAAAAAGGACCAGGGUGAAUAUAAGGCAACACUGUCAGAUGACCGAGGUCAAGAUGUCUCUGCUAUUGAUGUAUCAGGAAAAGUAUAUGAAGAUAUGAUCCUGGGAUUGAGUCGAGUCAGUGGUAAAUCUGCUUCUGAACUGAAGAUCCACUGUACUCCAGAAGGCAUAAGACUACAGUGUUUCGUGAAGUACUAUACAGAGGAAAUGAAAGCAAGUUGGUUUCACAAGGAAUCUAAGAUUUCUUCUAGUGAAAAGAUGAGGAUUGGAGGCAGUGAUGAAGUUGCCUGGAUGCAGAUAUGUGAGCCCACAGAAAAGGAUAAAGGGAAGUACACCUUUGAGCUGUCUGAUGGCAAGGAGUCCUAUAAGCGGAGUAUUGAUUUAUCUGGACAAGCGUUUGACGAUGCUUAUGCAGAAUUCCAGCGACUCAAGGCAGCUGCUUUUGCUGAGAAGAAUCGUGGUAAAGUGCUUGGUGGUUUGCCCGAUGUGGUGACAAUAAUGGAAGGCAAGACCCUGAAUCUGACCUGCACUGUGUUCGGCAAUCCUGACCCUGAGCUCCUCUGGUUUAAGAACGACAAGGAGCUUGAACUGAACGAUCACUAUGUAGUCAAACUGGAGCAAGGAAAGUAUGCCAGCCUGGUCAUCAAGGGGGUGUCAUCAGAAGACUCAGGAAAGUACAGUAUCAAUGUCAAGAACAAGUAUGGCGGCGAGAUGGUGGAUGUCACCGUAAGUGUGUACAAGCAUGGCGAAGAGUUGCCCGACGUCAAACCUGGCACAGGUGGCAAAUCAAGGCUAAUAGCGCCAGAAGGAACUCAUUAAUCUUCCAAGCCUGAUAAGGGCAGCAGGAAGUAGAUUUGUAAGGGGUGUGUUUGGCAGGCAAAAGGCUAGAGAGAAGCUGUAGGUCCCCGGUCCACCCCCACCCCCCGAUAGUGUUUCUGCAGUAGAUAACCGGCAAUGUCCAAGGAACAGUUAAGCUUUUUGAGGUGGGCAUCACAGUCUCGGUUCUCUAACCGUACCAUCCCCAGAUGCAAUUACAUCAUUAUGAAUAGAAGCUGUUAUGUGGCUGGCAACAAAAAGCCACUGCAGGGGCAGCGGUAAUUAACUUAUAUGCAAAUCGGUGCUACAUCUGUAGGAUGGAACUCUGCUUACGGCAAUGGGAAGAUCAGACUUUUAUUAGUUAUAUAUAAUUUGGGAACCGAACUUUACUCCUCGAUCUGGGCUGCGACCCUCAGUGCUUUUGUAAAAACCCCGACAGAACUCAAAUGGGCUGCAGAAAUGUAAACACAUUGAGGACUGCAGCCUCGGAUAAACCAGACAAGCUGAAAAAUGACCUUCCGAGUUAUUCUUAGUAGUAUUGCUGUUUUGUAGUGCAAGCUGAUCUUUAGUGGUAUUUUACAAUCACCGUGGACUCAUUUAAACCAUAAGUUUCACAGUUGUUGUUUGUUUGUUUCCUCCCCUGCUUUGUGCUAAUAAAAAAAAACUUUAAAAGUCA